AGCGCACUCUGCAGGUCAGUUCUCUGGACUACCAACCCCCCUCUCUCCCCUUCUCCCCUCCCACCCACCUCCUCAAAACAACAACAACAUCAGGAAGGUGCUGUUGUGUUGUGUUCUUGUUCUCAGAUGACAGCUGAAAUGACGAUAUCUUAAAUUUUCCGCAGUUUUUUAGGCAUUGGUGCUUUUAUCUAAUACAGGAUUCCAGCUCCAAGUGAUAAUUAUUUAUUAAAAAACAAGACUAGUAUUUUCUUCGAAGAAUGACAUCUUAGUCGUGGGUGGCUGGAUAUUCUAGCAUCAUGUCAUUGCCUGGAGACAAUGAGACAGAAACUGGAAAUCAUCCACACUCUGAGAAACCUCAUUGCACUGAAACUAAAAUGGAUCCUCUUGAACAAGUGGACUGUGCUUCAGAUUUCACAGACGAGACAGAUAAAUGCUUUCUGUCAAUGUCUAUUGAUAGUGAAGAGCAAUCAUUACAUCAAGAAAUCUGUGAAAUACCACCAGACUUGUGCCCUGAAACUUUAAGAAUAACGCUGACUGACCUCCCAACAGAGGUCUUUCUUCAAGUCUGUUCAUAUUUAAGUGCACGCCUCCUCAUGCAAACCAUGAGACUGGUGAACAAGAGACUGAAUGAAAUUCUUUCUGAUGACUUCAUAUGGAGAUCUCGAAUAUUCAAAAGGUGGAGACAGGUUUAUCCUCCCCUUCCAGCUGUUAAUAACUGUGUUAAUUGGAAAGCUGCUUGCAUAAACCUGGAAGAACAACAGGAGCGUUGGUCAAAUAUGCAAAGCACUAUGAAACAUUUGUCAUGGAGGGACCUUCAUGUAGCAUCUAUAGAUGCCAUUAUGCUGAUCAAUAGAGGGGCGCUGUGUGUUUCAGGAUCUCGGGAUCGUAGUCUUGCCGUUUGGGAUGUUAAUGCAAGUAACCCUUGCCCUAUCACUCAUAUUGAAGCGCAUAAAGGCUGGAUAUGGGGUCUGGCAGCAAAGUCUGAUUCAUCAUUUUACACUUGUUCCUGGGAUUGCACAGCCAAACUGUGGACGCUAGAGGAUGGAAGACUUACUGCUAGUGAUACAUUUAAAAGCAAAACAGCUAUGUUGUGUGUUGCUUGUAAGCCAAAUCUGGUAGCUGUUGGUUCAUUUGACAAACGAGUUUUACUUUGGGAUCCAAGGAGUGGGUCUAAACCGAUUCACUCAUACACUCCCCACCGCCGUGCUGUUUUAAAGCUAUGCCUUUUGGAGGAGUCUGGAAUCGCUGAUACUGUUGUGUCAAUUAGCGAAGACCAGACAUUUGCUGUGUGGGAUAUUCGUGCAGGAAAACUUCUCAAAGAAAAUGUCAAGAUUGGUCCUAGUGACCCAGAGAGCACAGCUUUUCCUAUGUGCAUGUCCCUUAACAGUGAUAUGCUGUAUAUAGGGGAUUCAAAAAAUAGACUUCAUCUAGUUGAUCCAAGAAGAGACUCUCCAACUAGAUUUGAAAUAAUUGCUUCCUAUGAUGCAGGGCAUAAAGACCAAUGUAAGAUAACUGCAGUUCGUCAUGGUUUGGGAUGUGUGAUCACAGGGUCAUCAGAUGGUACAGUCCGAGUGUCAACGCCAACUCACCAUCCUGAAUUAAUUACCAGCUUUACAACAGUUGGAACUGAGGUUGCAGCUAUUGAUUUUCAACAUGGGAUUCUUGCUGUGGGAUGUACGAACUGUGCUGUUGAGCUAUGGAUCCCCACUCAGGAUAUUCCUACAUGAGAUUUUUGUUGUCUAUGUUAUCCUGCACCCACUGCCAACUAACGCUUUAAAUUCGCAUGAAUGUAUUCCAGCACAUUCCUACUCUGAUAUCUUAACUAGUUCAAUUAUCUGUAAUUUAUUUAAUAUGGCAUUUUAUAAAGUGGGCCAGUCAAUCAUAUUUUCAAUGUUGUUUUGCACAGGGCAAAUGUUUGUAGUGCAUGAUGCACAGAAACAUUAACUCUAACGUGGGUUACAGUAAUUUUUUGACAGGCUUGGGAGGGAGUAAAUUUGCCUGUUGCUUUUGUAAUACUUUUUAAAUUUGUGUAAAAAUGGUGUUUAUUGAAUGAAAUGUUCACUGAUGGUAUAGAUUGUUUAAUUACCCACUUCAUUUUGUGUGUACGUGUCUGGGGGUCUAGGUUAAGCCGGAAAAAUUAAUUCUAGUCAAAAUCUCUCUGCUCUGUUGUCUUGGUUCUCAGAAGUAUCUGGAUGUUUUUGUAUGUAGUAUUUCGCUGCAAAUUUUUUACAAUUUUAAAAAUGUUUUUAGAAUGUUUUUUUUUUUCUUCAAAAUUACAACUUGCAAAGGCUCCUUUAAAUUGUUUUUUGGUAAACAUCAGGGGUCUCUCUAGUGGAGUAGUCGUAUUGACAUGUUUACAACAGUAUUAAAUCAAAAUCACUAACAUCACUUACAAAAAAGAAAGCAGUCCCAGUCUGUGGAUCUUUACUUACUGUUAUUUUGUUAUUUAUAUUUAUAAUAACCUGAUUGCAACUGUAUUUGUGAGAAAGAACCACUUAUUUUUGUGAUAUUUAUAUAUUUUGCACUUAUGUCUGAAUCUUUGGCAUAAAGUAGUGCCAAAAUUGUGUAAAAAUUUGUUUGUGGGCUUCUGUGUCAUUUGGUUACAUGUGUAUACAUGGAAUGAAAUAAUCUCAAAACAAAAAGGACUUAAUAUUUUUAUACAAAAACUUAUUUUGUUUAUUGGAUUUAUAAUAAUGACUCACAGCUGUUUUUUAUUACAAUAAAAAAAUGGAGACAUUAUCUGCAAGUA